AUGAAUAUCUCUGAGGAGGAGAGACAGGGCUUCGAUGGCAGUGGCUCCCACCAAGAGAACAUUGUCUUCUCUACAUUUUACAUCCUGAUUUUCAUCAUUGCUGUGCCUGGGAAUGCUUUGGUGCUGUGGGCCUUCUUUUACCACAGCAGUACAUCUCCAUCUGUGGUCUUCCUGAGGCAUCUUUCUGUUGCAGACAUGUCUUAUAUGCUCAUUUUACCCAUGCGUAUAAUUUACCACCUGUCUGACAGCCACUGGCCUUUUGGACAUGUGCUCUGUCAACUAUCAGGCUUCCUCUUUUACCUAAACUUGUAUUGCAGCCUCUACUUAAUGAGUCUGAUCAGCCUUGACAGAUUUCUGGCUGUGGUUCUACCUAUAAAAUCACAGUCAGUUACGAAGGCUAAAUAUGCGAAGGUAGCUGUUGGCUUUCUUUGGGUGAUAGUUAUUGUGUCUAUGAGUCCAAUAUUUAAAAAAAAAAAGAAAAUGACCAACAACUCAACUGGCAUCUGCACGAUGCUGUACUUAGAAAAUACAUCUCACACUGCUUUGGUUUCCACAAUUGUGGCAUUUGUUAUUCCCCUUACCACCAUAGUGGUUUCCUAUGUACUGAUUCUGUUAAAACUACGGACAGUCAAACAACAAGAGGAACGACCAGGGAAAGACAAAGCCAUAAAAAUGAUCCUCGUCAUUGUGAUUAACUUCCUUCUUGCAUUUUUACCUUACCAUGUCAGCUGGGUAAUCUAUAUUGAAAUUCAGAGUCAUAGCAAUAUGGCUGCAACAAGCCGCCAGUCACUGGGAAGAGCCAAUCAGAUCACAUCUGCACUUACCUGUGUCAGUGGUGUACUGGACCCUGUCAUGUAUUUCUUCCUGAACCAAGCAUACAGGAACAAAUUGCUCCAGUUUUGCUGUAAAAAUAGGGCAGGUGACCAAUAA